AUUCAAAAUUGUCAAUCAUAAGACUAAAAGAGACCUAAGGAAUGAAUGAAAAAUCUGAAAAAAAGCUGAUGCCAAUUCACACAUUUUAAAAGUCUAUUACAGUCAACUUGAACUGAAAUUGGAGCACGGACCUUACGGUUUGAAUCGCCUCCACCGCCGGUGGCGGGGGUUUUAUUCCCGCCGUACAGCUUGUAUCCCUCCUCCAUGGCCACCCUUCCGACAACGCUCCAUUAUUAUAUCUCCUUUAACGAUCAGGAGACCGGCUCAUUUCCUAUUUCCACCUCCACGAGCAAACUCAAAUUCCGGAAUUCAUCCGCAAUUCUGACCCUAGCUCGGCCCAGCUAUCCUAUCUGCAAUUACAGUUCAGUUUACGCACUUACGCCUAUUUCAGAUGGGUUCAAGCAAAAUCGAGAGGGGUGUUGCGAUACAAGGAAUGAAGCUCUUCACUUCAAAGGAUGGAUGGAGACUGUUCGCGACAUUUUGCCGGGUGGAAGUUGGUGGAAUUUGAAUGAUGUCGAUCAGAACACCAAUGGCUCUCCCGUUGCAGCGAAGCCCAUGGCUGUUAUGGAAGCUCUGAGCCAAAUAUGGGCGCUGGUAGCUGACGAGAAAUGGAUUCUGUACACGGCCUUUGGUGCUUUAACUGUUGCUGCGCUGUCAGAAAUAUCAAUGCCAGGGAUACUGACAGCAUCUGUCUUUUCAGCACAAAAUGGUGAAACCUUGGUGUUCUAUCAAAAAUCACGGCUUCUAGUUUUCUUGUGUUUAAUCUCAGGAAUAUGCAGUGGCCUGCGAAGUGGAUGUUUUGCUAUUGCAAAUAUGAUUUUGGUUAAGCGUCUCAGGGAAACUGUAUAUAAAUCUCUUCUACUUCAGGAUAUGACCUUUUAUGAUACAGAAGCAGUUGGUGAUCUUAAUAGCAGGAUUAAUUCAGAUUGCCAACGGUUAUCUCGUACCAUUGGAAAUGAUAUACAUUUGAUCCUGCGAAAUUUUCUCCAGGGGAUAGGUGCAUUUAUCCACUUGAUGACUUUGUCGUGUCCUCUUGCACUGUCUUCCCUGGUUGUAUGCAUUACUUUGUCAGCAACAUUCCUUAUUUAUGGGCGGUACCGGAAGAAAGCAGCACAGCUUGCUCAAGAUUUUGUUGCUUCUGCCAAUGAAGUUGCACAAGAAACAUUGUCUUCGACAAGAACAGUCCGAGCAUAUGGAACCGAAAGAGAAGAAUUUCAGAGGUACAAGCAAUGGCUUGACAGGUUAGCAUCCGUGGGUGUGCGAGAAAGUGUAGCUUACGGGUUCUGGACUCUUAGUUUCAGCACAUUUUACCGGUCCACACAGGUUUUGGCAGUCCUGUUCGGAGGAAUGUCUAUAUUGAGUGGUUGCGUGUCGGCUGAGCAACUGACCAAGUAUGUUUUGUAUUGUGAGUGGUUAAUUUAUGCCGCCUGGAGGUUGCAAGACAGCAUGUCAUCCUUACUUCAGUCCCUUGGAGCCUGUACAAAAGUAUUCGAGUUGAUGCAUCUUCCACCCAGUAGCGAAUUCCUGUAGCGAAUUCCCUUUUUCGCCCUCAUUCUUUUUGGUCUUAGACACAAUAAGUUUGUGUGAUUGGUGCAUCCUAUUGCAUCUAUAACUUCCAUCCUGCGCCAACGGCUCUCUUGAUCCCAGAGAUAUAUUAGACUGCAGGCUGCAUGUAGCCCUUCUAAGAAACAGAAGAUGGACAUGAUGAAAUUAAGCAUAUGCAGCAGAGUUAUAAAUAGAUAGUAAAGUUGCAGAGUUGUAAGCAGGUAGUAGAGUUGCUAUUUUCUUAAAACUUACUUUUCUCUUCUUUUUAGUUAAUUAGUUUUAACUAAAGCAGCAGUUAUUAGUUGGUCGUAAUUAGGUGAUUAGUCAGUUAACAUUCUGAGCUUAUUGAAGCUCUGGGUUUGUACUCUCGAUGCAUGUCGACGGGAAAUAUGCAGAUAACCCGAUACUGUGUCCUUGUAUGUCCAUAUGUGAAUUGACACUGGGUUUAAUUAAUUGAAAAGGCCACAGUUUUAGAUA